AUUAUCAAGCAGGUGGAGUAUUACUUGAGUGAUGAAAAUUUGCCGAAUGACAAGUUUUUGAUGAAGUAUGUUACAAACAAUGUAGAAGGAUUUGUCCCUUUAGGAGUUAUUGCUUCCUUCAGGAAAAUGAAGAAACUUACAAGAGAUAUGUCAUUCAUCGUCUCUGCAUUGAAGGAAUCUGACCUUCGUCGAGUGUUUGGUGAAGCUGGAAACAUUAAGAGAAUUACGGUUCGGGACCCACAUGAUGCCAAAGACCCAAAAAAGUGCACUGAUGCAGAAAAGCUGAUAAACGGGAAGAUGCAUGCUUUUAUAAUGAAGAUUCAUGCACUUGUGGAGUACGACAAUUUGGAGGCUGCGGAGAAAGCUGUGGCAACUUUAAACAAUGAACAAGAUUGGAGAUACGGUUUGAGGGUCAAGUUUGUCAAGAAAUUGAAACCGGGGCAUAAGAUUAAAAUGUGGAAGGAAUCGGAGGCUGAGAAAGCUAGCAAUGUUGAAACAUCAGUAUAUUUAACGAGAGAGAAAAACGAGGUGCAUUUGGCUAAAGAGAAGAAUGGGCAGAAAGGUCGAAACAGAGGACGUGGAAGGAGACAGCAGCAGUACCACGGUCCAAAUGGCCAUGGACAUGGAACACAAUUUACGAGUCAUGGGAUUGAACCAUCAAAGCCGCCACCAGGCCCGAAAAUGCCAGAUGGAACCAGAGGAUUUACGAUGGGCAGGGGACGCCCUUUGGCUACCACCAAUUGAAGACAACC